AUGUUGGUCUACAGACCCAGCGGACCAAGAGCCUGGCGCCUGCUUCUCAUGAUUCUGUUCGUCGCAGCCUGGAAGGCGGGGAGCGGUCAGGUCCACUACUCUGUCCCAGAGGAAGCCAAACACGGCACCUUCGUGGGCCGAAUCGCCCAGGACCUGGGGCUGGAGCUGGCGGAGCUGGUGCCACGCCUUUUCCGAGUGGCGUCCAAAGGCCAAGGGGACCUUCUGGAGGUAAAUCUGCAGAAUGGCAUUUUGUUUGUGAAUUCUCGGAUCGACCGGGAGGAGCUGUGCGGGCGGAGCGCGGAGUGUAGCAUCCACCUGGAGGUAAUCGUGGACAGGCCGCUGCAGGUUUUCCAUGUGGAAGUGGAGGUGAAGGACAUUAACGACAACCCGCCUGUCUUCUCCGUCUCAGUACAAAAGCUGUCAAUACCCGAAUCUCGACUGCUUGACUCUCGAUUUCCACUAGAAGGCGCAUCUGAUGCAGAUGUUGGAGAGAAUGCAGUGCUUACUUACAGACUCAGUCCAAAUGAAUUUUUCAUUCUUGAUAUUAUAAACAAAAAAGACAAAGGCAAAUUUCCAGUGCUUGUUCUAGGAAAAAUGCUGGAUCGUGAAGAAAAUCCUCAGCUUCAGUUAUUAUUAACGGCAACUGAUGGAGGCAAACCCGAAUAUACCGGAUCUGUUACUCUGCUGAUCUUGGUGUUGGAUGCCAAUGAUAAUGCGCCUAUGUGCGACCGAUCCGUUUAUGAAGUUAAAAUGUAUGAAAAUUCAGCGAACCAAACGUUAGUAAUAUGGCUGAAUGCGUCUGAUGCGGAUGAAGGAAUAAACAAAGAAAUGAUAUAUUCAUUUAGUGCUUUGGUUCCGUCGAGCAUAAGAUGGAAAUUUCUAAUGAAUGAAAAAACGGGAGAAAUACGAGUAAAUGAUGCUAUUGACUUUGAGGAGAGCACUACUUAUGAAAUUCAUGUAGAUGUUACAGACAAAGGAAACCCACCUAUGGUUGGUCACUGCACCGUCGUAGUGGAAAUUCUGGAUGAAAAUGAUAAUUCACCUGAGGUGGUUAUCACUUCUUUGGCUCUCCCGGUGCAAGAAGAUGCUCAGGUGGGCACCGUCAUUGCCCUGAUCAGAGUGUCCGACCAUGAUUCUGGCGCCAACGGGCAGGUGGCCUGCUCACUAACACCCCAUGUUCCCUUCAAGCUCGUGUCCACCUUCAAGAACUACUAUUCGCUGGUUGUGGACAGCGCCCUGGACCGCGAGAGCGUGUCGGACUAUACUCUAGUAGUGACCGCGCGGGACGGAGGCUCGCCUUCGCUGUGGGCCACGGCCAGCGUGUCCGUGGAGGUGGCCGACGUGAACGACAACGCGCCGGCAUUCGCGCAGCCCGAGUACACGGUGUUCGUGAGGGAGAACAACCCGCCCGGCUGCCACAUCUUCACGGUGUCCGCGCGGGACGCGGACGCGCGGGAGAACGCGCGGGUGUCCUACUCGCUGGUGGAGCGGCGGGUGGGCGAGCGUGCGCUGUCGAGCUACGUGUCGGUGCACGCGGAGAGCGGCAAGGUGUACGCGCUGCAGCCGCUGGACCACGAGGAGCUGGAGCUGCUGCAGUUCCAAGUGAGCGCGCGCGACGCGGGCGUGCCUCCGCUGGGCAGCAACGUGACGCUGCAGGUGUUCGUGCUGGACGAGAACGACAACGCGCCCGCGCUGCUGCCGCUGCCUGGGGCGGGCGGCGGCGCGGGCGCGGUGAGCGAGCUGGUGUGGCGGUCGGUGGGCGCGGGCCACGUGGUGGCGAAGGUGCGCGCGGUGGACGCGGACUCUGGCUACAACGCGUGGCUGUCGUACGAGCUGCAGCCGGCGGCGGGGGGCGCGCGCAGCCCGUUCCGCGUGGCGCUGUACACGGGCGAGAUCAGCACGACGCGCAGCCUGGACGAGGCGGACUCGCCGCGCCAGCGCCUGCUGGUGCUGGUCAAGGACCACGGCGAGCCGGCGCUGACGGCCACGGCCACCGUGCUGCUGUCGCUGGUGGAGAGCGGCCAGGCGCCCAAGGCGUCGUCGCGGGCGUUGGCGGGCGCGGCGGGCGCGGAGGCGGCGCUGGUGGACGUCAACGUGUACCUGAUCGUCGCCAUCUGCGCCGUGUCCAGCCUGUUGGUGCUCACGCUGCUGCUGUACACGGCGCUGCGGUGCUCGGCGCCGCCCACGGGGGGCGCGUGCGCGCCUGGGAAGCCCACGCUGGUGUGUUCCAGCGCGGUGGGGAGCUGGUCGUACUCGCAGCAGAGGCGGCAGAGGGUGUGCUCUGGGGAGGGCGCGCCCAAGACCGACCUCAUGGCCUUCAGCCCUAGUGUUCCUCCUGGUUCAAGUUCUGGAGAUAGUGGAGAACAACGGGAUAUUUUCAGGAAUGAUUGCACACUACUCACUAUUCAGGCGCAAGGUGUCGCUCUUUACUUGGUGGAAAUAGUUCUUUCAUGGGUUGGUCUGAUUGGCCAGGAACGCCUCGUACAAAAAAAACGGCUCCAUCAUGCCGAACGCUACUGUUAA